AUAAAAUGUUCACCAUAUUUCAACACAUAAGCAACCCAACAUAUUCUCUAAUACAUUUGGCAAGAAAUAUUUUGAUAAAUUUGUUUUCGAAAAUAAUUCAGAAAUGAAUGCACAUUUCCUCAAUCUCCUUCUCAUUGUCGUCUUAGUGGUUUCUUUAGACGUCCAAGCACUCAGUCCUCACUACUACGACCAUUCAUGUCCACAAGCUGACCACAUUGUCACCAAUGCAGUCAAGAAAGCCAUGUCAAACGACAAAACAGUUCCUGCUGCGCUCUUGAGGAUGCAUUUCCACGACUGUUUCGUCAGAGGAUGUGAUGGGUCAGUUCUAUUAGACUCCAAGGGGAAGAACAAAGCAGAGAAAGAUGGACCUCCUAACAUCUCACUCCAUGCGUUUUAUGUGAUUGACAAUGCAAAGAAGGCAUUAGAAGAGCAAUGUGCCGGUAUCGUCUCUUGUGCCGACAUUCUUUCACUCGCUGCAAGAGACGCUGUCGCUCUUUCAGGAGGGCCUACAUGGGAAGUGCCGAAAGGGAGAAAAGAUGGAAGAAUAUCAAAGGCAAUAGAAACAAGACAACUACCAGCUCCUACUUUCAACAUCUCUCAACUACGUCAAAAUUUUGGCCAAAGAGGCCUCUCUAUGCAUGAUCUUGUUGUUCUCUCUGGGGGACAUACGCUAGGUUUCGCCCACUGCUCAUCGUUCCAGAAUAGGCUCCACAACUUCAACACACAAAAGGAGGUUGAUCCAACACUAAACCCAUCGUUCGCAUCAAGGUUAGAGGGAGUAUGUCCAGCCCACAACACGGUGAAGAAUGCUGGAGCGACCAUGGAUGCAACCGUAUCAUCAUUCGACAAUAUAUACUACAAGAUGCUUAUGCAAGGCAAGUCACUAUUCUCAUCCGACGAAGCACUUCUCGCGGUGCCCUCUACUAAGAAACUAGUGGCAAAGUACGCGAGUUCCAACGAAGAGUUCGAGAGGGCUUUUGUGAAAUCCAUGAUCAAGAUGAGUAGUAUCAGUGGGAAUGGUAAUGAGGUCAGACUUGACUGCAGAAGGGCUCGCUAGAAUCUCAAUCUACGCCUCCAACAGCAAGUUAUUAUUACAUUUAUGUUUCUUUUUCUUGUAUCGCAAUCAUCUAUCAUGUUCUUAUGUGUGCUUGUAUAGGCAUUUAUUUACAAUAAUCUUAUCACUUGUUUUCCAAUCGGUUCUUA